CCAAGAGCUUCGAUACGCCGAACGAAGUUCGCACUGGCUCUUUCCAAGGCGAUAACAGCUUCACAUUCUUUCUUCUUCUCUAGCAACUUUGCUUGUGCUGGAGCACUAGGUGCCUGAGGCGGCGCAUGUGACUGACGACUCGAAGCCAUAGACUGGCGCAUGAUGAUAAGAGAAAUAGAUAUAAAGACUCGUCUGAGAGCGAUGAACGAACGCAAUCGACGCGUUCUGGUAUGACAGUCCGGCAGAUGCCGACAUGGACGUGUCGAAAUCGUGAUCAUUCCAGCGUGAACGCCGCGAGUUCAACGUUACUCGCAGCAACCCAGAUGAAAUGGUUGCAUUCCGUUUCUUACACUGAUACUAUCACAUAUAGCAACUAGGUUGUAGGUACGCCAAGUUGUCAGGACCUCCUUGUCGGGAGGAUAAUGGGCAGAGGCGACGAAAAGCCUCCUCCCAUCUACCAGUCUCACCCGCCGGAAUGGCUUCCGAAAGUACAUUCCACGUCUGAUCUGGGUUAUGCUGGGUUCCAGCCUCCCCGAGCAGACCAGGUCGAGGAAGUUCUCACUGAAGCAAACGUAAAGAAUGGACUCGUCAUCGCAGCGCAGGUGUCGGCCGAAACUUUAAGUGCUCGAGAGACUGUCCAAGAGCGACUAACGACUGAGAAUGCGCUGGAAGAUCUGGAAGAUCUCAUGAACCAAAUUUUUGCUCGAAGAGUAGAGACUUCGCCUCCAGUACCUCCUUCCUCUUUUCGUUUGCCGUCUAGAGUUACCCUGAAUGACGCAAAACGUCAGGCUUGGUUCGCUGACCUCGCCAAUCCUGAUGUUCCGUUACAUAAGUUAGGAAAGAGUGUGCCGCAUGGGGCCAAAGGACACGACCUCUUGGAUUUACUACAAACUAACAAUGUAGCAAUACCCAGGGCUGUGUGGUUUCUGCGUGUCUUCGGCGGGAACGAAACCGCUGGAUUGCGUAAUAAACCGUCGCUAUACAAUCCAACCCAAUAUAGUGUUGACUGGGCGAAUGUCAUGACCAGUUAUUUGAAGAAGCAGCUUACGGAUAUCGCAUUGCCCAUGGCGCCGAGGCCGGGUUUUGGUUUGAAUAUCAAGCAGACAUUUAAGGGCGUUCUCUCUGACCCCGAGUCUAGGGAAAGGUGGAUUUUCCGCUUUUCAUACAGUCUUCAGCUACUCCGAGAUUUCUACUCAGAAGGUCUAGUAGACAACCGAACGUUCCUUGCCUGGUUGGUGCAGCAGAUGCACACAUCAAACUUGGCACAGCUAGGCUUUGUAGUGCGUCUAACGGAUGAAUACCUGGAUGGCAUGCUCGCCAUCCGUGCCCUCAGCCGGCCGUUAGUAGAGGCUUGCUUGAAUCGUAUAGCCGAGAUCAUUGCAACACCAGGAAGAGAGCUUUUGGUCAACCUGGAAACGAUAUUGAAGAGCCUACUUAUGAGAGUACUACUAGGAUUACCGGACGCUUUCAUCAAUCCGAAAACGUGGCUGCAGCAUUCCGCCUUAUUGGGUGACAUUGUUGCCGAAUACGCUGAAGAUGGCACACUGGUUCUAUCCGCCGAGCAAAACGUUCCUGCACUUCGACGAAUCAUUGCCGAUACAUUUGCACAUGUCAAGAGACGGAAUGAAGCGAUGCUAUUCAAGGAUUUGCCUACGCGUCCACCUGGCCCAUUGUCAUCUGCCAUCCAUGACAUCAAGCUGCUGAAUUCGUUAUCUGGGAAUACAGACUUAGAAUCCGUACUAUUUUUCGACACUGCCUCAGACGAAUCACCAACUUUUGCCCAGAAGCUAGACAUUCUUCUGACGUGGAGUGUAACACCUUUGCAAUAUGGAGAUCACAGACCAUACGCCGCGGCGUCCCUUCUGCGCUGCUGGCGUGAUCGAGCGGGAGAGCGCGCAAUUCGCCGUGACCGUGCAUCUCCAGACGAGUUCAUUCAAGAUCAUCUCUUUGAUUGGCUCGAUGCCUCCGAUGCUGCUGCUGAGGAAGGAAAUAUAUCCAGUGUGGCGUUGCUUUUUGGACAACUGGUGAAGCAUGGACUGUUCUCAUAUCCAGUCUAUAUACAACGUCUGAUUGCUCGGGGCGAGCCAGGCUUGUCUUUCGCUGAGCCCAAUGGUUCAAGGCAUCGGAAUUUUCUUCGGUGGAUUCCUCUCCACAGUUCGUCGUCGGCACUGACGAUGCAGCGCAAAGUGACCCUGUAUGGAGUUCGGGCCAGGGAAAUUCCCGAGAGUACGAACGAGCGCAAGAUCAGGAAGGAGAUUCGUGCGUUACUACCUGAGCUCUUCAGUGGAGAACCGCUUCCCAUCCAGGCAUUUAUGGAUGAUCUGGAGACCAGUUGCAGCCUUCUUUACUCAGCUCCGAGAUUCGAGCAAGUUCGUGUUGUGCGCGAAUGGCUUCUGCCGCUACUGAAGAAGAAGAUUCUGAGUAAAUCAGCAAUCACGCUAAAUGAAGGUGUGAACCGAAUCACAAAGGUCUACUGCCUUUCCACUGUACUUAUGGCACAUUGCAAAUGUUAUGGCAGUAUUCUGGAUCUAACGUUAUUCGCCCUCGAACAUGGCAACAGCCCCGAUCUCAUAACGAUUGUCAUCGACACCCUUCGACAGCACACCGAAGUAUGGGCAUGUAUGAACUCUAUGGGGAUGAUUACUGCUUCACUACUUUCAGCUCACCAAUACUGGAAGUCACAAGGCGUACAGAACCCGAACCUCUUAAAUCUUCUCAUCGAAUUCGACAAUGUGCGAUAUUUGGACUCCAGUGUUCGUGAGCAAAUUCUCGCUGAUCGUGGUGCAUACGCCUUGGCUCUCCAACCCGUGCACGCUGAACCCAUCAACGUUCCUUCGGCCCUUCCAGAAAUCCUGAUGCUUGCAGAAGACACGCGUGUCGAUGCGCCAUCCAUGCUAGCGAAUAGUCUAUGGUACAAGUAUCGCACUGCCACCGACUGGGCCUGGAAAGUAUGGGAUAACACAAUUGCCAGCCUUCGCCAUAUUCCAGUCUUAUACCCCGAUGUUGAACAUCGUAGGAUCUGUGCUUUGCGAUACGGUGCAUUCUUGACCCACGUUGAGCAUCAUCUCCCUUCUGGUCUUGAUUCCCACCUGUUGGGCUGGUUUCUGGGCUCUGGUGCUGCAGAGGUGUCUACCUUCACCGCGGAAACUUGGGAUGUUGUCACUGUCGUGCUUCUUCAUCUCGUUGUGCAAGGCGCACUAUCGACUGUGGCUAUCUUGCAAGGUCUCGCGUAUCCUUCAUGGCGAGCUGGUGCAAGAGCCGAUUCACCAACGCACGGGUCCUCUUUGGAGACGCCGUUGAUUGCGAUAUGCGAUCUUUGUACACGACUACUCUUGAAUACAGGGUGUGCAUACGAAUACCCUCCUUCAACCUUCUUCGAAGCAAGAGGGCUGCACACGCGCCGAAGAGAUGUAUAUCGUGAACCCCAUUUCGCUUCGCUUGUAGAGCAUGUUCCAAUCCUUGUGCUGCUGGAAGAAAAUGUCAAUGUGCCAACAGUGGUCAGGCAAGCAUAUGUAGGUUUUCGGCGUGCGGUCUGCAACACAAAUGUGUUCAGGCAGGGGGUGUAUCGGGACCUUGAGACCGUGAACCUAGCAUUCGAAAGUGUUCUCGAAGACGAGAGUGUUCCCACGGAAGUGCAUGAAGCACUCAUUCAUGCACUGCACCUGGUUCUCAACGAUGGAAACUCGGUACCAGAUGAGAGCGCGAUGGACUAUACUCUCAUGUCGUCAGCAGCUUUAAGCCCAUGGAAGCUCGCAGCUACCUUCAUGGAAAAUCGUUUCUCGAUGAAACAGUUGAGCUCUGCUCUGAAUCGGGAAGCGACAAGGAAAAGGGCAAAUGAGCUGCUGGACCAGAUAACAGCUAGGGUUUUCCUUCAGGACAUGACAUCAGAGCAGAGUGAUUUUGUGGCUGAGAUGAUGAAGGAUAUCAGUCUGCCUAUAGCAAGCAAGUUGCUGUCUGCUGGUCUUCGCCGAAUCACUACACUCUUGAAGGAUCCUCGCUGCUCCGAUGUUAAUGAUGGUGCUCCUCUGGUUCCGGUGGCUGGCGAAGUGCUUCGCUUGCUUACAAGUAUAGUUAAGUCAAUGCGCGACAGCGUCCAGAGCCUACCACCCAUGGAGAACACUCCAACUCCAAGCAAUAUGCAGGAUGGACUUGUACCCGAGGUUCUCGAUAAACUGAAGUCGGCACUGGAAACUCUGUCAGCAGGUCCGCUCGAUGGCAUCAGCACUAUCCACAUUGCGCAGAAUACAGUGUUCCUGGCCCGACUUCUUCAGUUUGUCCUGAUACUUCCUGGGUCGUGGACAGCUCUGGUGAAGGAGCAGUCGGAAGACUUGUAUAGAACCCUCCUUCGCCUAGCCUUCGUUUUUGGCUCUGGUAAUCUCAUCAACGAAAUCAUAUUUCCACUUAUCGUUGAUACCCUAUGCUUUGUGUUAGACGAGGUUCCAGUAGAUCCAAAAGCCACUGUAUACAACCCAUUCCAGCAUUACCCUGAGAUCGACAUGCAAACACUCCCUUCCGAUAUGCCCUUGGAAUACCGCAGACAGAUUCGGACAUUGCUACCCUUUGUUCCACCUAAUCUCGCCGUGGCCAACCUCGCCUAUGUUUCACAGGACGCCACAGGACAAACUACUAUGACGCCAGUACAAAAUCGACCUUGGGAAUGGACGGAAUACCUUGGAGAGGCUUCACCAGUGGAGCCGAAAUCAGAAGACAAAGACGGAGAUGAGCGAAUUGUGGUCAAGAAUUCUGCAUCUAUAUCCUUGGAGCUCUUCGCAGCGCGGGUCACGGGAGAGCGCGUGAUACCUUCCGGGCAGACUGACAGCAGAACAGAGUGUAUGGUGAGAACCUUCCAAGAUGAUCUUGCAUCACACACAGUCUUCCAGCGCGAUUGGAUGGAGACCCGGGCUCUUUCACACAUGUUACGCCCUGACAGGACCGAACAGGAAGAUGAAGUGGGACCACUACCUACAUUCCCCAAUACCGCCCAAGGUGGGACAGAUCGACGAUCGAAUUCCAGAAGGCCUUCGCCCGCUUCAUCAAUCCGUUCCCGAGGUUCAGUAGCCCGUCCUCCCUCCGUUCGUUCGUCCAUUCGACAGAGUCCCGCACUCACUCGCUUUUCUGGUUCAACGGCUGGUGAAGUCAUUGACGUCGACAGUCUUGACUUCUCGACAUCAACCACUCAUUCCGGCGCAAAACGGAAAUCAAUACCCAUCGACGAUGAUAUCGAGAUUAUUGAAGGGCCCGUUGCAUCGAGCAAGAGAACGAAGGGCAAGACGGUUGCAAAACCCCGAGGGACAAAGAAACGACAGCACUAGUCCAAUUAUUCCACGGUAAACUGAUCCAUACUCCUCUCGUUGGUAAAUGAACUGACUGAAGUCUUUUGAUACGUCAGAAAUGUAAUAUGACCACCCAUAUCAUUCCUCACCGCUUAACAUGACACUUUCAUGACCUCCAAUGCAUCAGUAUUUAUCGAUAUUUAUUCUUUUCGACAGAGGAUGGAACUACUGCUGUACAGACAUUUUGUGGUAAAUUCGUACAUCAUUAUAACACCAUAAUCCAAAGUCAUGCACAACUGACAGCGACUCAAAAUAAGAUAGCGAUUAAAAG